UGGUUUUUUUCUGUGGACAUGGAAUUCCUUCUUCCUGCCGUGCCGUGCCGUCAUCUCUCUCUCUUCCUCGGCCACAGCAACAGCCGCUCAACCCCCCCUAAGCUAAUUGCGUAACCUGGCUAGCCGGCUCAUGGCCGUCGCAGCUGCGCCCGCCUCUCUUCAUCUCUCAUCGCGCUCCCUCCGCUGCAACAAACCACCGCCCAACAACCCCCCGCCCUUGCUCUUGCGCUUUCCCUCACCUAACACUACUAGUAGUGUAAUUAUCUCUCACCGCCCUCGCCCUCGCCCUCGCUCUAGGAGGGUAAUCAAAUGCAAGGCCACGGAUGUAUCACCCCCAUCCUCCUCGCCUGUAGCGGCUGAAGAAGAUGGGAAGAAUUGGGUUCCGGUGGUGCCUCUGGCGGCGCUCCCCAAGGGCGAGAGGCGCGUCAUCAUACAGGAUGGAGAGACUAUACUGCUGCUGUGGUAUAAACAGGACGUCUUUGCAAUUGAGAACAGGUCUCCUGCUGAGGGUGCGUACAGCGAAGGCUUGCUCAAUGCUAAGCUCACUCAGGAUGGAUGUAUUGUGUGCCCUACCACGGAUAGCACAUUUGACCUGAAAACUGGGGAGAUUAGAGAGUGGUAUCCAAAGAAUCCAGUGCUGAGAGUGCUCACUCCACCACUUAGAUCUCUGUUUGUGUAUCCUGUAAAAGUUGAUGGUGAGAAUAUCUACAUAAGCAUAAGAAGAGAUGCGGAAGUGGAUGAUGCAUCUACAGAGAUUGUGUUCAGUGGGAAGGCUCAGCCUGGUGUAACGGCUACAGAUGUCAACGUGGACGAGGUGCGGAUGAUUGUGGAUGAAGAACAGGGAGGGUUCGGAUUCACAGGGAAGAAUGAAGUGAUAAACGGGAGGGCAGCCAUGAUUGGGUUCCUGUUGCUUCUGGAUUUUGAGCUGUUGACUGGGAAAGGGCUGCUGAAGGGAACAGGUUUCUUGGACUUCAUAUAUUCAGUUGGGAAUGCUCUGAACUGAUUAGAUCAAAUGUAAGAAGUGCAUAUUUGUUGUUUAUUAUCCUCGGACAUGGACAUGUGCUUGCUUGUUGUUAAUUUAUGUGGUUGAAGUGAAGCAUGGCAUUUUGCA